AUGCCCAGGAAGCCCGCUUUCACUCCCAAGCCACCCGUCGAGAAGCUUCCUCUCGCUGUUCGCAAAGAUCUUCGUGAUAAUUACGAAUCUAAAAAGGGCGACUAUGAGACUGAAAUCGCUGAUGUCCUUGGCUUCCCCAUUGCCAUCAACAUCGACGUUAACGCCGUCUGGGCCUACGCCGAGACUUUGUCGUUGUCUUCUGAACAAGCUGGUCGCACAUUCACUGGAUACAUCGAGGGGUUCAUCAACGGAAUCAAGACCUUCGUUGAGAAGUACGGCGACCUUGGCAAGGAAUACUUCCAAAACGCGGUCACGGAAGGCCAACUCACUGUCACCGUCAACGAGCUGGGUGACGCCGCCCCCACCAUCGAUGCUGAUGUGAAAGAUGGCGUGUUCCGCAUCCUCUUCAAGGACAGCCGCCUCGGGUACAACCAGAGCUGGCUUAACGAUUCGAUCGGGCCAGCCAUCGACAAAGCACCUCAUGAGGGUUUUGGGCUGUUCGCCCAGUACUCGAUUAAAACGUCCUACGAGGAAGAGGUCGAAGAAGUUCAGGAGGACAUCGGCAAGAUCCUUAACAUGUCCGAUGUGGUUCUCGACCCUAACUUUGAGGACAACUACGCGAUCUUGUUGGCGAAGAAGGAAGACACCGAAUGGCAAAAGAACUUUGGCGAGGUCACUCUACUCUACUUCAAGAAUCUCAAAGAUCAAUUAACCAGCCAAGGCUUCGAUCAGGAUGAUAUGUUACAAGAGGGUUUAGCUGAGACUCUUACCAGCAAGACCUUCAAGAUCCGUGUUGUCGAGAAGACUAAGAGCGGUAACACCAUCGAGACUGUUCUGGAAGACGGUACUUGCUUCAUCCAGACCUUCCCCGCCCGUUGGUACUACAACCUCUCCAACUCUGGCGCCGGUCUCGUUGACAUGUUGUAA